AUGAUCGACCGAAUCAAAACAGCCUGGGAAAAGGCAACCCGGUGGUGUUCACUGCUGAUGCUGGAUGUAUCAGGAGCCUACGAUAAUUUCUCUCACGACCGCCUGCUCCAUAACCUCAGAAAGCGACGACUGAGCCAAUUUGCCCCCUGGGUAAAAGCGUUCCUGUCUAAUCGGAGCACAAAAAUCCGUAUGCCCGAGGGCAUCUCCUAUCAAACUCCGACACCAACAGGCAUUCCGCAGUGGUCGCCAAUUUCGCCGAUUCUCUAUCUUGUCUACAACGCAGAUCUUAUUGAGAACUGCGGGGGCGGCAUAGCCGCAGAGCAAUGCUAG